AAAAUCAUCAAUUACCCCACCACGAAACAUCACAAUGCCAAAAGCUACGACACCCAUUGCGGCAUCGCGUCAAGCGCGGAGGCAUAAUCCUCUCGAAGAUGAUAUUACGGCGACGGGCAUAUUAAAAAACAAACCUGGGAAGCGAAAGUCGAGACACCAGGAGGAGGGGGAGCAAUUCGUGGACUCCAAGGCAUCUCGAAAGAUUCUGAGGAUUGGACAGGAGCUGGCAGACGAGGCAGAAGGCGAGAACAGGAUAGAGAAGCCAAAUACAGCCUUUGAUUUUGAAUCGAGAUUUCAGGACGAGGACGGGGAAACAUACGAAGAUGCCGAGGCGUGGGGAGAUGACGAUGAAGAGGUGGAGGAAAUAGAACUUGCGCCCGACGACCUUGCGACUUUUAGUAAAUUCUUUCCAACACAAGAAGACCCAUUACUACGACAGGGCUGGGGUGGUGAGGCCGACGAUGGAGAGGAAGGCCAGGGAACCAAUCUGGCGGAUUUGAUUAUGGAAAAGAUUGCUGCACAUGAGGCCGCACAGGGAGAGGGAGCGCGAAAUGUACCUGGACCAGUCGACGAUUUUGAAAUACCCCCAAAAGUUGUAGAAGUUUAUACAAAGUAUGCCUGCACAUUCCAUUUUGAGUAAUGGGACAAAUCACUGACAAGAUAUUUCAGAAUCGGCCUCAUACUUUCAAGGUAUAAGUCUGGCAAGCUCCCAAAGCCCUUCAAAAUCCUACCAACCGUUCCGCACUGGGAGGAUAUCCUCGAAAUUACCCAACCAGAUAAAUGGACUGCCAAUGCAUGUUAUGGAGCCACCAAGAUUUUCGUUUCGAGUACCCCAGCUACAGCCCAAAGGUUUAUGGAAAUGGUGAUUCUAGAGCGUGUUCGAGAGGACAUUUUUGAGACGAAAAAGCUGAAUGUGCAUCUGUUCAAUGCACUCAAAAAGGGACUGUAUAAACCAGCGGCGUGGUUCAAAGGUUUUCUCUUCCCUCUAGUGGGCAGUGGUACUUGUACAUUGAGAGAAGCGCACAUCAUCUCAGGAGUUUUGGUCAGAGUCUCUGUGCCCGUUCUGCAUUCAGCCGCUGCCAUCAAGGGUCUAUGCGAUAUCGCGGCACAGGAGUCGUCAGCUGGAACAGAAGGUGGCGGUGCAACAAAUAUUUUCAUCAAGGCGCUUCUCGAAAAGAAGUAUGCGUUGCCAUUUCAAGUUAUUGAUGCUCUGGUUUUCCAUUUUUUGCGAUUUAGGAGUGCAGAUCCAGCAAAUGUGCGACCAGAGGAUGCCAUGGAGGGGUUGUCAGGUGCAGCGGCUGCGAAGGAUACGAAACUCCCUGUCAUCUGGCACCAGUGUUUAUUAGCAUUUGCGCAGAGAUAUCGAAAUGAUAUCACUGAAGAUCAGAGGGAGGCAUUACUGGAUUUACUCUUAACAAAGGGACACUCAGCAAUCGGCCCUGAAGUCAGAAGAGAGUUGUUAGAGGGUAGAGGUAGGGGAGUGGCCAUUGAGCCCGCAGGUCCUGAAUUUGGAGAUGAUACCAUGCUGGUAGAUUAA